AUGAGUGGAAAAUCGAAAGCACGGCCUGAAGAAGCGAGAAAAGGAUGGAAAGAGAGGGAGAAACAGGCACAGAGGUGGGCGAUCGGGCCAUUUUUUGUUCUGCUGCUUUCGGUGGCAGAGUCACUCACCCCUUUCGCCAAUGCCCGCUAUGUGCGGGAGCUAAAAACCCCCGCCCUAGCACAGGGUCGGGCGGGAAGACAUCUGCGAACAUGCAAUCCCCUCGUCAUCUGCCCGACAGCUUUGGAAGGGAAUGGUCUCAUUUCAGGCCAUCUUUUCCUUUCUUUCUCAGUUGUCGCGCAUGAUUUGCUUUUGAUUCAUGUUCACUUGCCUCAGUAUUCCAUUGAGAAGCAUCACAUGGAGUCUCCAAGUGAAACUUCCAAGGCCGGUCAACAUUCACACACCACGCACAUCGCCGGCGUACAACGUGGGGUUUCAAGAUCUGGACGUCCCACAAUUGCCUGGAACAUGGCAACUCGUGGUCUGACUACAACCGCUAUCUUCACCGGCACGCACAUUACACCCAAGCAUCCUGAUUGA